AUGAUGUUGUCACCCGCGUCAUCUGUUGCUACGCUUGUGACGCUUCUCGCGCUCUUUCUGAUUGCUCCGCGAUUGGCCGCGUUUGUCUUCCGCUGUGUUUUCAGGUUGAUUGGAUGGCUCAUUGCCAGGAAAUAUCGGUGGAAGCGGGACCUGUUACGUGCCCGGAUAAAUAUAGAUGAGAAGGAAUAUCAGUUAAGAAGACCCAAAUAUGCGAAGCAGGAAGAUGAGGAUUGGGAGAAAGUCGAAACAGGCGGCAUGGGAACCGCUUCUCACGCGGAUGCUGCGGAGGACGAUUGGGAAGGCAUCAUAGGAUUUUUUCAUCCAUUCUGCAAUGCUGGUGGAGGGGGUGAACGUGUCCUCUGGGCGGCAGUAAGAGCCACACAAAAACGCUGGCCAAAAGCUAUAUGCGCGAUCUACACAGGGGAUAAUGACCUGAAUAAGACCACGAUGCUUGAAAGAGUUGAAAACCGUUUCAAUAUCCGCCUCUACCCUCCAACGAUUGUAUUCUUGUAUCUUUCAACCCGCAGAUAUGUCCUCAGCAGCUUAUAUCCCCGUUUUACUCUCCUUGGCCAAUCUUUGGGUUCUUUAGUCCUUGGAUACGACGCAUUCACUCUCGUAGUUCCCGACAUCUUUAUCGACACUAUGGGUUAUUCCUUCGUCCUGGCGUUCUGCCACUUCCUCUUCCCCUCGACCCCGACUGGAGCGUACGUCCACUACCCUACUAUAUCGACAGACAUGCUCGACUCCCUUGAUGAUACCUCGGGUACAAAGGGUCUAAACGCUGGCGCAGGAACCGGCUGGAAGGGAAUUGCGAAACGACAAUAUUGGCACGCAUUCGCAAAGCUAUACGGCUGCGUUGGUGGAACAAUUGAUGUAGUCAUGUGCAAUUCAUCCUGGACAUCCUCACAUAUAAACUCUCUCUGGCUCCCCUCACGGCAAAAGCGACGAGAAUUCAAAGAACCCACAGUUGUUUUCCCCCCUGUGGCCGUCUCGGAACUAAAAUCCAUAGAAAUAGAUCUCGCCCAUGAGCGAGAAUCCCGCGACCCAACAAUCCUCUACAUCGCCCAAUUCCGCCCAGAAAAGAACCACGCCCUAAUCCUCCGCGCGUUCUCCCGUUUCCUCAACGAAUUCAAAAAGACCCAUAGUAAAUCCCAACCUAAACAAUCUCCACAGCUCAUCCUCAUCGGCUCCGUCCGCCACUCCAGCCCAGACGAAACCCACAUCUACAAUCUACGCCUACUUGCCCACGAGCUCAAAAUCCGCGACAACACCACCUUCCUCUGCGACGCCAGCUGGCCCACCAUCCUCGCCCACCUCCGCCGCGCCUCCAUCGGCGUCAACGCCAUGUGGAACGAGCACUUCGGUAUCGGCGUGGUCGAGUACCAGGCGGCGGGCCUGAUCAGCGUCGUGCAUGACUCUGGCGGGCCUCGCCAGGACAUCGUUGUCGAUUUGGGGGAGGGCGGGACGGGCUUUCGGGCUACGACGGAGCUGGAGUUCGCGGCGGCGUUUGAGGCGGCGUUGGCGCUGCCGGAGGAAGAGAGGGUAGCGAUGAGGUUGCGGGCGAGAGAGUCGUCGAGGAGGUUUUCGGAUGAGAUGUUUGCGGAGAGGUGGGUGGAGGAGAUGGAGAAGUUGGUUGGAUUGGAGCGGAAGAGGAAGAGUGGGGGAGGGGAGAAGAGGUAA